UUAAGCGUGAUGAAGCAAUCCACCAGUUUGAAGGUCCGGCUGCCCACACUAGUGGUGGGGGUGGAGGUAGUUAUGCUUUUCCUGUACGCUGGCUUUGUCACCUACGACGACGACGCCGACGCAAAAAUGCAAAACAAUGAGACGAAGCCCAUGGACAACUCGCUCUACCACGACUACCACUUCUUUGCGGAUGUGCAGGUGAUGAUUUUCGUGGGCUUCGGCUGCCUGCUGGCCUUCCUGCGGCUGUACGGCUUCAGCGGGAUGGUCUUCAACUUCCUGACGGCCACCUUCGCCAUCCAGUGGGCCAUCCUGGUGCAGGGCUACUUCCAGUUCUUCUCCGACGGCAAGAUCCGCCUGGGCGUGAUCAACCUGCUGAACGCCGAGUUCGCCUGCGCGGUGGUGCUCAUCUCGUUCGGCGCGGUGCUGGGCAAGACCAGCCCCGUGCAGCUGCUGGUCAUGGCCCUGCUGGAGGUGCCCGUCUUCUCCGUCACGGAGUGGGCCGUGCUCAAGUACAUCAAGAUCAACGACGCCGGGGGCUCCAUCCUCAUCCACCUCUUCGCCUGCUACUUUGGGCUGGCCGUCACCUUCGUCCUGUUCCGGCCCGGCCUCAACGAGGGCCACGCCAAGGACAUGACCUCGUACCAGUCGGAUAUCCUCUCGCUGAUGGGCACCCUGUUCCUCUGGGUGUUCUGGCCGUCCUUCAACUCGGCGCUCACCCUGAAGGGGGACGACCAGCACCGGGCGGUCCUGCACACCUUCAUCGGCCUCAGCUCCUCCACGCUCACCGCCUUCGCCCUCUCCGCCAUGCUCAACAAGACGGGCAAGCUCACCUUAGCCGACAUCCAGAACGUGACGCUGGCGGGCGGGGUAACGGUGGGCGCGACGGUGGACAUGAUGAUCUCCCCGGCGGCCGCGUUCGCGCUGGGCGUGAUGGGCUGCACCGCCUGCAUGCUGGGAUACCGCUACCUCACGCCCUUCCUGGCCCGCCGGCUGCGCAUCCAGGACCAGUGCGGCAUCCACAACCUGCACGGGCUCACGGGCCUCAUCUCCAGCCUGGCCGGCAUCUGCGCCAUCCUGCUGGCCACGGAGGAGACCUAUGGCCCCAGCCUGUACCAGACCUUCGCCUACCGCGCCCCGCCCGAGGGCGACCCCCGGCUGCGGGAGCUCCAGAGUCUCAUCCCGGGCCUGAAGCCCGGCCUGGGCCGCAGCGCCCAGCGCCAGGCCGUGUUCCAGGUGGCGGCCAUCUUCUGCACCGUCUGCCUGGCGGCGCUGGGCGGCAUCGUCACCGGGUUCGUGCUGAAGCUGCCCUUCCUGGCCUCUCCCUCGGACGAGUGGUGCUACGACGACGAAGCCUUCUUCGAAGUGCCCUCGGACUUUGACAGCGCGGACAUGCCCAAGGUCCUCAGCAACCAGGAGACCAAGGUUUGAGGCCCCACGAGCUCCUUCCGGAAAAACUCAGGCCACAGUGUCACCCAUGUGAAGGACAAUCGCUAAGAAAAUAACCCAAGACUACCACCCUCGGUACACCAGCUUCUGUGUUUAUGUAAGUUAUUUUGGGUGCAACAUGCAUAAUAAUUAUAAUGGUAAUGAUAUGAACCUACACUCAUUGAGCACUUUAUUAGGAGCACCUGCACACCUACUUAUUCAUGCAAUUAUUUAAUCAGCCAAUUGUGUUGCAGCAGUGUAAUGCAUACAGUCACGGGUCAGGAGCUUACAGUUAGUGUUCACAUCAACCAUCAAAAUGGGGGAAAAUGUGAUCGAAGUGACUUUGAUCGUGGAAUGAUUGUUGGUGGCAGAAAGGGUGGUUUGAGUAUCUCAGAAACUGCUGAUCUGUUGUGGAUUUUCAUCCACAACAGUCUCUAGAGUUUACUCAGAAUGGUGCGAAAAACUAAAAAACAUCCAGUGAGCAGCAGUUCUGCAGGCAGAAACGCCUUGUUAAUGAGAGACAUCAGAGGAGAAGGGCCAGACUGGUCAAAGCUGACAGGAAGGUGACAGUAACGCAAAUAACCACGCAUUACAACAGCGGUAUGCAGAAGAGCAACUCAGAACACAAAACGCAUCGAACCUCUAAGUUAAUAGACUACAGCGGCAGAAGACUUAAUGUGUCUAAAUAAUAAGUCUAAUAAAUACCUAAUAAAGUGCUCGCUGAGUGUAUAUUUUCAUCUAAAUACAUUACUUUGGUGGUUAUUUAUUUAUUUAUUCAAGGUGCCAUUUUAAAACUGUGUUAGAAACAUUAUUGUCAUACAUUGUGUCCAUGAAAUAUAUGAACUGAACAGGGGAGUCUGUUUCAUUUAGCCCUGCACUACACUGUACGUCUGUAACUGCAGCUUCACCAUGGAACAGCCUGAAGGGUAUAUCCUUUUCUAACCAAAAACGUGAGCUAAAGCUUUAAAUUGCAUAUUGCAUUUACAUUUUACAUUUACAUUUACAUUUUAGUCAUUUGGCAGACAAUAUUUCAUAAAUGGUGCUGAAGUUUAGCGUAUAAUACUGCCCCUUCUGCUCACAGUCCUGGCAAGAUGCAUUUUUUUUGUUUAAUCUUUAUUGCUGUAGCAAUAACCAAACACCCUGAUGCUGCAAACAUUUGAUGCUAUCAUAGACACACAUGCAUGCAUGUGUGUGUCUGUGAGAGACAGAGAGAGAGAGAGAGAUCAAUAGAUUUUAGAAGCAGAAAUAGUAUUGUGUGUUACAGCAUAUAAUGAAAGCUUCAGUUGUAUUGUGUCCAGUUGCAGGAAUUUGAAGACCAAACACAAUGACCAUGAUUUUUUUUCGUUAUCAUUCUAUACAUUUCUCCUGCUGGAGUAUAGUGUAUGCUGUCUAUGUUUUCCUUUUCUAUUUUACUAGUUUAAAUAUUUUGUUCUUUGCCAUACCAAAAGACUGCCAAACACUUGGAUGCCUGCAAAUUACAUACAUGUUAGUUUUAUGUUUGUACUGUAUGUAAUUUUUUAUUCAGCGUUGUAAUUAAAAAGUUCUAAUAUUGUAUAUUU